AUGGUUUCGGAACCGCUGUAUCCCGCUUAUCUACCCACUCGCUCUAACGGGUACAUGGCGCCCGUGCCCGUUCCCCUCUUUGACGGGGACGAGCCGGGUCUUCAGGCUAACGCCGCUAAGACGAAUUUGUUCAAGGGCGGGCGCGUGGAGAAUAUCACGCCUCGUGUUGGAACAGAGAUUCGAGGAGUGCAGAUAAGUCAGUUGGAUGAGAAGGGUUUAGAUGAGUUGGCUUUAUUGGCUGCUGAGAGGGGAGUUGUGGUUUUUAGAGACCAAGAUUUUAAGGAUGUCGGGUUUGACAGACAGAAGGAGAUUGUGAGGCAUUAUGGACCACUUCAUCAGCAUCCGACUAUGGGAUAUCCAAAAGGCACAGGGCCUGAGUUUCAUGUUGUUUACGCGGAUGAAAAGUCGGGAAACCUAAGAAAGCUACUUGGGCAACGAACAACAUAUGAUCUAUGGCACGUUGACCAAACCUUUACGCCCAACGUCCCGUCGACUAGUUUCUUUUGGGUCCUCGAGCUCCCUUCAUCUGGUGGCGGCGACACAGCAUUCACUUCUCUCACAGCAGCCUACGAAGCUCUCUCACCAGCCUUUCGACAAACACUAUCCAACCUCAAACUUCAUCACACAUCCGCUUCAGAGGGCGAAGUCAAGCGUGUAGGCCAAGAACGUGCGUUGGCAGAAGCAAUCAACACGACGCAUCCACUCGUCAUCAAACAUCCUGUUACAGGCAAACCUUCGCUCUUUGUAAACCCUACUAUUGCGCGACAGGUAGAAGGAUUUCUACCUGAGGAGUCGGAUCAUUUGCUUUCGUUCCUUAAGAAUCAUAUUCGUAGCUUGGACUUUAGUUGUAGGAUUAAGUGGGAGACAGGAACGGUUGUGGUCUGGGAUCAGAGGUCGGUGGCGCAUUCGGCGGUGCCCGAUUUUCAGGAUAACGAGAGGAGACAUAUGGUUAGGAUCAUCCCGUAUGGUUCACAGCCAGAACCUGCAUUUCAUUAG